CCAUUUCCCCACCUCCAAGCUUUGCUGAUACAGGUUUUCUGUCGAGCUAGCUACGCAGUAUUUUCUGUCAAGAAAUGGACGCCGCAAAUCAACUUUGCAAACUUUUUGUCGGUGGAUUGAACGUAGAUACCGACGAUGACGGGCUCCGCAAGCAUUUUGAGCAGUAUGGUCAACUGACCGACUGCGUUGUGGUUGUGAAUAAACAGCUACAGAGGUCCCGCUGUUUCGGCUUUGUUACCUACUCGAGCGGGGAGGAGGCCGAUGCAGCAAUGGCGGCUAGGCCACAUGUCGUUGAUGGCACCAACGUGGAGUUGAAAAGAGCGGUCGCUCGUGAAGAUGCUGGUAAACCCGAGGCACUCGCCAAGGUCAAGAAAAUAUUCAUCGGUGGAUUGAAAGACGACAUCGAAGAUGAACAUCUGAAUGAUUAUUUUUCCCAGUUCGGCGAGAUCGAGAAGGCCGAAGUAAUCGCGGAGAAGGAAACCGGAAAGAAAAGGGGUUUCGGCUUUGUUCACUUCACAGAUAACGACUCUGCCGACAAGGCAGUGGUUGUGAAGUUCCACACCAUCAAUGGGCACAAGGUGGAAGUGAAGAAAGCCCUCACCAAGCAGGAGAUGCAAGCUGGUGGUGGCGGCAGGGGUGGAAGAGGGGGGAGAGGCAUGAGAGGAGGACAAAAUGGCUUCGGUGGCGGCAGAGGUGGUUACGACAGCUACGGGGGCGGUUUCGGUGGGGGCUACGGAGGCAAUAGCGGCGGGUAUGGCGGCGGCUACGGAAGUGGAGGCUAUGGCGGUGGUUAUGGAGGCGCAAGCUACGGAGGUGGCUACGGCGACCAGAUGGGAGGUUAUGGUGGCGGCAAUGGCUACAGUGACUUUGGCAGUGGGUACAGCCAGCAGUCCUCCGGGUAUGGGCCCAUGAAAGGCGGCAGCAACUAUGCCGGUAGGAGCCCCGCUCCAUACGCCCCCAGAGGCGGUGCGGGUGGCUACAACAGAGGGGCUUAUGGCGGCUACUAAACCUGUGGCUACGACAGACUAUUUGCAAAGAAAUGUCUUUUACACCCUCAACCGUCGGAUCGGACGACCUCAAACCGAACUAAAAAAAAUUCAGUCAUCGGGCAUCUGCCAUAAAGUACUGGCAAAAUGCCGACACUGUGAAACCUAAUCAUUAAGAAGACCUCAAAACCAAACAGGUAGCCAUGGUGACCUGACUGCCAGGACACCAAUCUGGCAAAGCCUUGGUUUCCUUCAGGACUGGGGGAUUGCAGUUAAGGCUGUCCCACCUCCAUGGGUGAUUUGGAACCCCUGGACAUUCUGCAUUAAAAUAUUUGUUUUUACCAGGUUUUAAUGAUUGCCAGUGGGUUUAUUCUAGUCAAUCUAGGAGGGUGACGUAAUUGACUACUUAUUUUGUUCUUACCCAUUGUAGGAAAGUGGGUCAUAAAUGUUAGCUCAUUGCAUACUAUGGAUAAAUGGACACCAAUGAUGGCUUUGGUGUGCUAUGCUUUUAAUUUGCUGCAAUUUUAAAUAAAACUAUUUUUUUAAAGAUU